GGGCUUGCAGCGCCGCCGGCCGGGGGGAGCCGAGGAGGUACUGGGAACGCUGCUCCAGCCUCUCCCCAAGGGCUCUGCCAGCGAGGCUCUGAGAUUGCAGGCCAGAGAGCAGGGGCUGGCAGAGACGCAACGGUGAGGAAUGCCGGAACGAGGGGGAUAACACGGACCAGCACGAGAGCGAGAGGAUCUAUAACUUCCAGAUGGAAAGGAGCCACUAAUCCCUUCGGGAAGGACUGGGGGCUUAGCAGCGCGGUCCGGCCUAGUGAGGGAAGCAAAACAUGACACCUUUGUCUCUGGGAGCUUUACGCAUGUUCAGUUAAGAGGGCAAACUCUCCUGGCCCCCUCCUCCGGGCUGCCUGGCUUUGUCUCACAGGGCCCUGUUGCUGCCGGGAGUCAGUCCCCAAGCACUGAACUAUUUUUUUGUUUAAUUGAUUGCUUGUUCCUGAACCAGACUGCAUCUCGGUCUCUGUUCCCCUUAAAAGGAAAGUGACUCCUGGCUGCGGUUGUUGUCAUUAGCAGAGCACUCUUCUUCAAGACUUCUUUUUUUUUUAUGUCCCGUGGAAACUUUAACUAUCUCCUUUGCUGGGUUUUUCCCUCCAUUCGAGUGUGCUUUGCGGAGUUGCGCACACACACGCAUGGCUGUAUAAAUCUGAGGGAUUGGAGGACUUCUUCCUUUUGCUGUGCCGACGCUCUGACUUGUCCAUGAUGGGGCGAGAGCAGGAGAUGAUCCAGGCUGUGAAAAAUGGGGAUGUGCCUGGUGUGCAGAAACUGGUGGCCAAGGUCAAAGCCUCCAAGAGCAAGCUCCUGGGAUCAGCUAAGCGUCUGAAUGUGAAUUACCAGGACGCAGAUGGGUUCUCUGCCUUGCACCAUGCGGCCCUGGGCGGGAGCCUGGAGCUCAUCUCCCUGCUGCUGGAGGCACAGGCCACUGUUGACAUCAAGGACAGCAACGGGAUGCGCCCGCUGCACUAUGCCGCCUGGCAGGGCAGGGUGGAGCCAGUCCGUGUGCUGCUGCGGGCAUCAGCCACGGUCAACAUGGCAUCGCUGGAUGGGCAGAUCCCGCUGCACCUAUCUGCGCAAUAUGGGCACUACGAGGUGUCGGAGAUGCUGCUGCAGCACCAGUCCAACCCCUGCCUCAUCAACAAGGCCAAGAAAACCCCCCUGGACCUGGCCUGCGAGUUUGGUCGGCUGAAGGUGGCCCUGUUGCUGCUGAACAGUCACAUGUGUGUCGCACUCCUGGAGGGACAGUCAAAAGACUCGAGCGAUCCCAACUACACCACCCCUCUGCACCUAGCAGCCAAGAAUGGGCACAAGGAGAUCAUCAGGCAGCUACUGAAAGCUGGGAUCGAGAUCAACAAGCAGACCAAGACAGGAACAGCCCUGCAUGAGGCGGCACUGUACGGGAAGACGGAGGUGGUGCGCCUGCUGCUGGAAGGUGGUGUGGACGUGAACAUCCGCAACACCUACAACCAGACGGCCCUGGACAUCGUGAACCAGUUCACCACCUCUCACGCCAGCAAGGACAUCAAGCAGCUGCUGAGAGAGGCAUCAGGAAUCCUGAAAGUCCGGGCGCUGAAGGAUUUUUGGAACCUACACGACCCAACAGCUCUCAACAUUCGGGCAGGAGAUGUCAUCACGGUCCUGGAGCAGCACGCGGACGGGCGCUGGAAGGGGCACAUCCACGAUGCUCAGAAAGGCACGGACCGAGUGGGCUACUUCCCUCCCUCCAUUGUCGAGGUCAUCAGCAAGCGAGCAGGUGUGACUCUUCCCCGCGCAGCGCCUACGCCCCAGCACCAGGGCCUCCCUGUGGGCCCGCAGCCCGGCACUGCUGCCCCCCGGGGCGAGUUGCAGCCACUCCCGGACGAUGCUCCGCAGCCAGCCCUCCUCAGCAGCCCAGCUGCCUACGGCCACCUCACCCUGCCCAGGAUGGCCCCUGGGCCUGAGAGCUCAGCAGGAGACAGGAACAGCGUGGGCAGCGAGGGCAGCAUCGGCAGCAUCCGCAGUGCUGGCAGCGGGCAGAGCACCGAGGGCACCAGUGGGCAGAGCACCGGCCUCCUCAUUGAGAACGCCAAGCCGCUGCCCCCUGGCGGUGAGGACCUGCCACAGCACCUCCUGGGAGCCGACCCCCGGAACGGGCAGCCCCACUCCGUGCUGGGAUCCCUGGGGCACCAGAACCUGGCCAACUGCACCCCCAGCGACAGGGGCUUCUCUCACCACUACUUCCGCCCCGACCAGCUCCUGGAGGGAAAGGACGCAGAAGCAAUUUACAACUGGCUGAGCGAGUUCCAGCUGGAGUCCUACACAACCAACUUCCUCAGUGCCGGCUAUGACGUCCCCACCAUCAGCCGCAUGACCCCCGAGGACCUAACAGCCAUUGGCGUGACCAAGCCUGGGCACCGCAAGAAGAUCUCCACGGAAAUCGGGCAGCUCAGCAUCGCCGAGUGGCUGCCUAAUUACAUUCCUGUGGAUCUGAUGGAGUGGCUGAGUGCCAUUGGCCUGCCCCAGUACCACAAGAAGCUGGUGAACAACGGCUAUGACUCCAUCACCAUCCUGACGGAGCUGACGUGGGAGGACCUGCAGGAGAUUGGCAUCAACAAACUGGGCCACCAGAAGAAGAUCAUGUUGGCUGUCAAGAAACUGAGGGACCUCCGCAAGAGCCUAAACCAGGCUGAAGCCAACCCGGCCACACGCAAAAUCCCCGGCACCUUGGACAUCGUUACCAUCGAGUCCAUCGAGAACGGCGAGUGCCAGUCCCCGCACACCCCGAAGAUGAUCACCUUCCAGGACAGCGAGCUAAGCUACGAACUUCAGACGGCCAUGUCCAACAGCUGCCAGGAAACACUCACCAUUAAGAACAGCCAGGGCAUGUCUCGCAGCCAGGAGAGCAUCGGCGUUCGCUCCAGGGGCUCGGGGCAUUCUCAGGACAACAUGUUGUCCAGGACUGCCCUCUCCAGCCACUCCCAGGAGAGCCUGGGCAGUGGGAGCAGCAGCAGCAGCAGCGGGCACUCAUCCACACAGCCUCAGCAGAAGGAGGGUGCGGGGCUGCCGUCCGGGAAGUCCACCCAGGAGAGUGGUGGGAAGCAUGUCUCCCAGCCACCUGCUGGGGAGGGGCUGAAUGGCUAUUCCCAUGGGGCUGGGGGAAGCCCCUUGAAAGAGAGGAACCUGCCUGAAGGCACAGACCAGUACCAGCGUCCUGUGGCUCCAAAGGGAAACGGGCUUCCCAUGCCACCCUGCACCCCACCGCCCUGCACCCCACCCCAAACACCCAGCAAGGGCUCUGCUCCCUAUGUCUUCAUGUACCCUCACAUCUCCUUGAAAUCCCACCCUGGCUCUUCUCCGCUGGCGCCUGAGCACCCGAAGACCCCAGCACACCUGCCCCCCCAUUUCUUGCCCACCCAGAAGAGCUCGCUGCAGUCCUCAGCCCAGAAAACCUUCUCCUAUCUCCAUGCCCGCUGCACUGGCACGGAGGCCCCUCACGUGCCCCCAAAGCCUGGUACCACCCCAGGCCCCUGGCAGCCUGGGGACCAGCCCAACGGUGACAUCUUCAAACACAAGAAGCGAUCACACAGCCUGAACCGCUACGCGCUGUCAGACGGUGAGCACGAGGAUGAAGAUGCACCCACCAGCACCCUGGGCUCUUAUGCCACCCUCACCCGGCGUCCUGGGCGGAGCCAGGUCCCACGCACCUGCGUGCAGACGGACUCCAAGGUCAGCCGCAGCCAGUCCUUUGCCAUCCGGGCCAAGAGGAAAGGGCCCCCGCCACCCCCACCCAAGCGCCUGAGCUCCGUCUCCAGCGCCCAGGCCCUGGAGGCAGAGAGUGAGCAGGGUCCAGAGACUGACAGGAGGCCACUUUCCUCCCCGGACGUGGGUCACUCGUCCAGACUGGAUACCAGUGAGGUCAGCGGCAGCCGGACUGUGAAGAACCUCGCUGCCAUGCUCGAGGGGGCUCCGGCAGGUGGGAGCCCCCCCAAGCCUCCCCUGUUCCACAAGCCCCCGAAUCCCGACCAGAGCUCCAUGCCUAGAGCAACACCGGACGACCAGGAGACUGGGGGUGCAGGAGAUGCCUGCAGCUCCUGGCUGGUAGCAAGCGAAUGGGACGGUGUUGAGGGCAACAAGCCCCGGAGACGGACGCUGAGCGAGCCCAGUGUGCCUCUGACUGAGGCCCUGCAGGGCAGCCUGGAGGACGUCCGGUCGGACACAGAGGAAGAGCCACAUGCUGGUGGGGAGGAGGGUGGGGUCUCCUCCUCAUCCUCCCAGAACAGCUCCAGCGAGUGCAUCCCUUUUGCAGAGGAAGGCAACCUGACCAUCAAACAGCGGCCAAAGCCCACAGGGCAGCUCCGUGCAGAUGCUGCCACACUGGACUCGGAGCCUCCAUGCGCCUCCCCUGGGAUGGCACCGGGAGUAGCCAGGGAGCCAGAGAUGCCCGAGUUCAACCUCACAGAGUCAGACACAGUGAAGCGCCGGCCCCGGUGCAGAGAGCGGGAGCCACUGCAGGCCGUGCUCAAGGCAUUCAGCUUGGCUGGCCAAAGCGAGGACCCGGGCAGCCCUGGCCCGCAGUACGCUCAGGCCCAGGCUGUGAGCAUCACGGGCCCAGCUUCCCCCACACCAGGGACACCGCCGCCACCCGCAGACGUGCUGGAUGACGACAGCGUGGAGUUCCGCAUCGCUGAGAUCGAGAAGAGCAUCCUGUCCCUGGAGAAGGGCAUCCGGAAACGCCCCGUCCCCCUGAGAGCCGCCAGCCCAGCAGAGAUGCAUGGGGCAGCCAUCCUGAGGACGCCGACCACGGGAGCAGAUGCCUCAGCCAAGCACACGUCCGUGGCCUCCACCAAGCUGGUGUUUUCUGGGCCAAAAACCAUCUACCAGCAGGUCCAACAGAUGCCCUGCAGUACUGUUGGCCCCUGGGCAGCCACCAACAUGGCUUUGGAUGCAGCUGUAGCACCCUGCCCAGGCACCAAGGGUGCUGGGAACAGCGGGGAGCCCAUUGUGGCAAAGCCUCUGGAUGCAGCCUGGGCCCAGCAGAGGUUGGAACAAACCAGCUCCUCCCUGAGGGCUGCCCUGCAGGUGGCAGAGAAGAUAACAGCGGAGGAGGCAGACAGCCACUAUGGGGCCGAGCCCUUGGCUAAGAACAUCCUGGAGGACAUCAGCAACAUGUUUGAUGACCUGGCCGACCAGCUGGAUGCCAUGCUGGAAUGAGAUGCCCACCCCUACCUUCCCCCACCCGCCAGCCCCAGCUAUGGCUUGUUCUGCCCUGGGACCCGGGCACUGCCCAUGGAUCAGCGCAGCCGCCCCCCAGCACUUCCUGCUGUGCCAGGGGACGUGCCCAGCCUCACCUUGCCCACCUGCAGUGUCACAGCUGUGCGCAGAUCAGAUGCAGCCCACCACAAAGGGAGCUGGAGUCCUGGCUGCCAUGUUGCCCAGCAGCUUUUGGCAGCACUGUUUCCACUGCUCAGUGCCAGCUCUCCAGGCCGUCACGUGCGCUCUCGGGAUAAACCCAGUUCACAGCUGCCACCCUUAGUUGGUUCUGGGGUGGCCAAGAGCUGCUCUGGCACCAACCCCCUUGCCCAAAACAAGGAAGCUUUUGCAAGGGCCCUUUCCCUUCACUCCCCACAAGACCCAGGCCUGCCUCCUGUUAUUUAUACCUUGCCAACAAUGUGUCAGGGGCGAGGCGCUCCCUGAGCAGCCUCCCAGCCUAGCAAGGCCCAGCAGCAGCUGAAAUGAGAUGGGACGUGUUGGACCUUGACAGCUGUCGGGGCGAGGGGAACCCUUUUUGCUUUGUGCGGUGCUUUCCAAACACAUCAGCUCACAGCAGCGUGUAAUCCAAGGGGACUGAAAUCCCCACAGAGCCCCAGCCUCAGGAACGGGCUGGCUCAGCCUGGAUCCCACCAAGGAGGAAACGGGUCUGACAUGUCAGUAGCAGCCUUGGCAAAGGCCGAGGUCCCCCCGCCCUGUCUCUGUGCUCGUUGUGAGUAUUCAGUGUUCAUGUCAAUAGAGCAGGCAGCUGGGCUGAUGCCAGGCUGGCUGGGUGGUGAUGCCAACAUGGAGGGGCCCCACUCCUGGCUCUGGCUGGAAGGUGCCCCUACCCCCAGGAGGUAGGUUUGGGCUUGAGGGCAAAGGUGUACUUCCAAACCCCACCUCUCGCCCGUCCCCCAGCAGGGAGAUUACCUGGGAGAUGCUCAUGGCUGGCUGGUAGCAAAGCUGUGCAUUUAGAAGCUUCCAGCAAGCAGGGACCUGAGGAAGUGCCUCCUCCCCAUACUGAACACUGACCCACGCAGCGCUGAGCACCACCUCAUCGCUCUCCACCAACUUAGCCUGUGGCAGCUGCUCACCACUCUGCCACGGACUAGCAGCCACCCCUCACUCUGCUCCCUGAGGGCCGAGCGGCUCCGAGAACGUCUCUCACCACAUUCAGGUGGCUCUUGUGCCCCAGUACAUCUGGCUGCUCUGAACUUAGCACUGGCCUGAAACUCCAAGCUGAGAAAAGCCUCAGGGCCAUGAAAAGCAAAUGCUGCAUGUUUGGGCCUGAAGAGCUAUUUGAUGAAAAAACCCCUUCUUUACAAAACCAAACUGCCAUCAUGAGGGCGACCAAAGAGGCCGCUAGAAACACAAGACUGCUGAAAGCAUCAGUCCUCAGCUCCAACAUGGGAGUCCCUUGGAGACCCACACAUGCCACAGGGGCACAGCUCAUGCCAACCUCGCCCCAUGGCCUGGGCCAGAGGCAGCACGUGAGCCAGCCGGUCGCAUUGUGCUUUCCAUGCUGGGGGCGGGGGGAGACAGCAGCAGCAGCAUCACUGUCUGGCAAGUGCUACGAGGGGGACUGACUUGCUCUUUUGAAAUUGCUGAAACCAGUGGCACUUUAUGGAAGGGUUUAAAGGAGCCUUUUUAAAAGGGUUUUAAUGUCAUGGGAUUUGACUUGGGAUGAGUCCGGUUUUUUCAAUGUUGAUAAACUGUACAUGUUUUUUUAAAGAGAAGUCUAUAUAUAUAUAUAUUAUAUAUAUAUAUAUUUUAAAUGUGAUUUAUUAUAUAUUUACUAACCAGAGUUCAGAGUCCCUGUAUUCUAGGUUCAGGGAUAAAAAAAAGGACACUGGGGCGGAGCUGCGGUAUUAUCUGAGCCACCGGAGGGCAGCCACACACUGUCUAGAAGGGACGCGAAGCAUCUGCUGCUGGAGGAAAGCUGGAUUUGGACCUCUAGGUCUCUGUUGAAGAUGCCGCGCGCCACGUAAGGGAUGUACAGGCGCGGCCGCAUCUCACCAGCCCCCGAUGGCACCUGCCAGCAGAUUUCAAACCAUCUGCUCUAGUUGCGUUAAUCCUGCGUUCUGUUUUCCACUAACAUUGACUACAACUUAACUCUAUUAAACACUGGGGCAUUUCCCCCCUUUGAUAGUU